AUGGGUUACAUUGGCAUAUCGCUCAUCGUCGCUUCGGUCGUUUGGGUCAUGGUUCGCCCGCCAUCAUGGAUGCCAGAGCCGCUACAGGUUCUUUUGCGCUGGAGAGGCGAUGGACGUCCCGCUGUUGCAGCUAAGGAUGAGGCUGAGGGUGAUUCUGAUCCCGGACCCCGUAUCAUGGUGUCGGAUCACGAGGUGGAACCGGGCCCUCGACUCCGGGCUCGUCCGGCCGAUAACCGUACCACUCAAGACAGCGAUCAAGGAAAGGCUACCACUACAGCGACCAGUACCACGUCUUCGUCGAAGCCUGCGAAAAGCGAUGCUUUGUCUAUGCCGCCGCCUCCCCUGCCAAAGGUUGCGCCCCCACCACCGACCAUCGCCGAACCAGAGGAACAGACAACUCCCAAGGCUGUCGCAUCCAACCCUCCAUCUAUCACCGUCCCAAGUUUCAGCCUUGAUAAUGCUCCUAUUGCGCCUAGUUCCCACCCCGCUCCGCGCAGAGACCCCACAGCGCCGGGUCCCGCUCCCGCUCUCGGCCUUCCUAAUGCGAACCAGUCCUCUAUGAUGCCUCCGCCUCCCGCUCCGGGACGUCUUCCUCCUCCGACUUCCACCGCAAACCCUCCAUCCGGUCGCCUGCCUACACUAUCCCAGUUCCCCGCUGUCAACUCGCCGCAACGAGCUCGUGGUCCUGUCCCAAACCGAGGUCCUCCAUCAUCUGGUGGUCUUGCGCCGCCGCCGACACACUCUUCUAAGCCCAACAAGCCGAGUCGCAAGGUCCUUCUUACCCCAGGACACUCUCCUCUUGACUGGGCUCGCAUCUCAGGACCUAAUGCCGAUCUUCGUGGAGUCGAGCCCUCAACACCGUAUCUGCGCGUCACUCCCUCUAUGCUGAAGCGCAUGACGGGUCGCAAGGGUAAGGAUGCCUGGAUGGCGCUCAACGGCAAGGUGUACAAUGUCACACCCUAUGCUGACUUUCACCCCGGUGGAGUUCCCGAGCUGAUGCGCGCUGCUGGGCGUGAUGGUACCAAACUCUUUGGUGAGGUUCAUCCUUGGGUUAACUACGAGACUAUGCUAUCUGCUUGUCUGGUGGGACUCCUUGUCGAGGAAUCCGAAGGUGCCCAGAGUCAGAUGGAUCAGAUGGAUUAG